AUGUUUACUGAACUACUAAGAAGAGAGAAAGAAGCAAAAAUUAAACCAGACCCUGAUAUUGAUGCCUAUAUGAAGGCAGCAGCGCUAGAAGGACAUCAGGAGAGCAUGGUAACCGACUAUAUUCUCAAGAUUUUGGGACUUGAAAUAUGUGCUGAUAUUAUGGUAGGAGAUGGAAUGAUAAGAGGUAUCUCCGGAGGACAGAAAAAGAGAGUCACAACAGGUGAGAUGCUGGUUGGACCAAUAAGAGUGUUGUUCAUGGAUGAGAUAUCAACUGGUUUGGACAGUUCAACCACUUUUCAAAUAAUCAGCUCGAUCAGACAAUCGAUCCAUAUUCUGAACGGAACUGCACUCGUGUCACUUCUACAGCCAGCACCAGAAACUUAUGAGUUAUUCGAUGAUAUCAUACUUCUCACCGAUGGACAAAUUGUUUAUCAAAGACCAAGAGAGAAUGUUCUCGAGUUCUUCGAAUCAACGGGAUUCAAGUGUCUUGAGAGAAAAGGCAUCGUGGAUUUCUUACAAGAAGUGACAUCAAGAAAAGAUCAAUAG